AUGCCCGCUAUACUGCACCCGCCUCGCGACGCGCGCGCUUUCGAUGAGGUCUCCGACGCCGUUGACGAUGUGAAUGUCAUGAAGGGCAAGCUGAAGGCCACCGCUUCUACGGCCGCUGUGCCUGCCGUUGGUACUCCCGAAUGGGACGCAGCAUCCCAGUUCGAUGCCGAGAAGAAUAAGACCACUUUUCGACAAUACGAGGAUGCCUGUGAACGCGUGAAAGGCUUUUACAAGGAGCAGCACGAGAAGCAAACAGUCGACUUCAACAUUCGCGCCCGUGUAGAGUUCAAGAGCCGCAAGCGCGCUCGCAUGGGCAUCUGGGAGGCUAUGGAGAUGCUCAAUACCCUCGUUGACGAGAGUGACCCGGACACCGACCUCAGCCAGAUCGAGCACUUGUUACAAACGGCCGAGGCCAUUCGGAGAGACGGCAAGCCGGAAUGGAUGCAAGUAACCGGUCUCGUUCACGACUUGGGCAAGCUUCUUUUCAUGUUCGGUUCCGAGGGUCAGUGGGAUGUCGUCGGCGACACGUUCGUCGUCGGAUGCAAGUUCUCUGACAAGAUCAUUCUCCCCGAGACGUUUGCGGGCAAUCCUGAUUUCAAGGAUGGACUCUACUCAUCCGAGUACGGCAUCUACCAACCCCACUGCGGUCUCGAGAACGUUAUGCUGUCCUGGGGCCAUGACGAGUACUUGUAUCAUGUCCUCAAAGACCAGUCUUCGCUACCUGAGGAGGCUCUCGCCAUGAUCCGCUACCACUCGUUCUACCCGUGGCACCGCGAAGGCGCCUACGCCCACCUCACAAAUGAGCGCGAUGCGAAGGCGCUCGCCGCUGUGCGUGCGUUCAACCCGUACGACUUAUACAGCAAGAGCGACGAGCCUGUCGUCCCGGCGCGCUUGCGUCCUUACUACGAAGGGCUCAUCGCAAAGUUCUUCCCGCCCGUACUCGACUGGUGA